AUGCCACUCUACUCCAAGUUUCUCAAAGAUAUGCUGACCAAGAAGGGAAAAUGCAUCCACAGUGACAACAUUAUGGUGGAAGGAAAUUGUAGUGUUGUCAUUCAGAGGAUCCUUCCACCAAAAUAUAAGGAUCCAAGGAGUGUUACCAUCCCUUGCUCAAUUGGUCUUGUGUUAGUUGGAAAAGUACUUAUUCACUUAGGGGCUAGCAUCAAUCUAAUGCCCCUAUCCAUGUGUAGAAGGAUUGGAGAAUUGGAAAUCCUACUAACAAGAAUGACAUUGCAGCUGGCGGAUCACUCAGUUACGAGGCCAUAUGGUGUAGUAGAAGAUGUAUUGGUCAAAGUGCGUCAAUUCACUUUCCCUGCAGAUUUUGUGAUUAUGGACAUUGAAGAGGAUGUUGAGAUUCCAUUGAUUCUAGGCCGUCCAUUCAUGUUGACAGCCAAUUGUGUGGUUGAUAUGGGAAAGGGUAACCUUGAGAUGAGUAUAGAUGAUCAAAAGGUUACUUUCAACCUAUUUGAUGCAGUGAAACAUUCAAAGGACCAAAAUGUCUGUUCCAAGAUGGAGAAGAUUGAGAAUGAGACAACUCAGAUUGCCAGAGCUAAAGUGUUACAAGACCCUUAG